UUUCAAAAGUUCCUCAAGCAUUUUUCAUGCAUAAAAACCCACUUCCAUUCAUUCUCUUCACCACAUAUUCAAAAACCUUCCAAUUCUCUAUCAAACAAACCAUCUUCUAACUCUAUCACCAACCCUUCAAUUCUCCUUCAAACAACCUAUCUUGUGACUUUAACACCAUAGAGAAUCCUACAUUUUUCUAACUUUUCCAUUCACAUAUAAUCUCUUUAACAUAACACUUUGAGUUUCAAUACUUAGCCAUGUGCAAUCCAAAGCCAUCUUCACCAACUUCACCAUUUCUUUCUCCAACAAAAACUCACCUCAUAAAUCCUCAUACCAAAGAUCCUUAUUCCAAUUCUACCCUUGAUGAUGAUCAUGUUCAAGAUGAACUUCAUAGAUGGCCUACUCUUAAAGAGGCCAUAACAGAAAUCAAAGAAAUAGGAAAAAUAUCAGGUCCAACAACAAUAACUGGUUUAUUGUUAUAUUCAAGAGCUAUGAUAUCAAUGAUUUUCCUUGGAUAUCUUGGAGAGAUGGAACUAGCAGGAGGUUCACUUUCAAUAGGCUUUGCAAAUAUCACUGGUUACUCAGUGAUAUCAGGUUUAGCCAUGGGAAUGGAACCAAUUUGUGGACAAGCUUAUGGAGCAAAACAAUGGAAGAUACUUGGCUUAACACUUCAAAGAACAGUUCUUCUUCUUCUUUCAACUUCAAUCCCUAUCUCAUUCAUUUGGAUCAACAUGAAAAGAAUCCUUUUGUUUUCAGGUCAAGACUUAGAAAUUUCAUCAAUGGCACAAAGUUUUAUACUUUUUUUAGUGCCUGAUCUUUUUCUACUUUCAAUUCUUCACCCUUUGAGAAUCUAUUUAAGGACUCAAGGAAUCACAUUGCCCUUAACAUAUUGUUCAGCUGUUUCUGUUUUGCUUCAUAUCCCUCUAAAUUUUCUCUUAGUGGUUCAUUUCCAAAUGGGGAUUGCAGGGGUGUCAAUAGCAAUGGUUUUGACAAAUUUAAACCUUGUUAUUUUACUUUCAUCUUUUUUAUACUUCUCUAGUGUUUAUAAAAAGUCAUGGAUUUCACCAAGUUUAGAUUGCAUUAAAGGGUGGUCCUCAUUGCUUUCGCUAGCGAUUCCAACUUGCGUUUCGGUUUGUCUCGAAUGGUGGUGGUAUGAGUUCAUGAUAAUGAUGUGUGGACUUUUGGUUAAUCCAAAAGCAACAAUUGCUUCAAUGGGAAUACUUAUUCAAACAACAUCUUUGGUUUAUGUUUUUCCAUCAUCACUUAGUCUUGGUGUUUCAACAAGAAUAGGAAAUGAGUUAGGUGCAAAUAGGCCACAAAAAGCAAGAAUUUCAAUGAUAGUUUCACUUUUUCUUGCUAUGGUUUUAGGACUUGGAGCAAUGCUAUUCACAACUUUGAUGAGAAACCAAUGGGGAAAGUUUUUCACAAAUGACAGAGAAAUCCUUGAGUUAACAUCUAUUGUGUUACCAAUUGUUGGACUUUGCGAGCUCGGAAAUUGUCCCCAAACAACCGGUUGUGGUGUCCUUAGGGGAAGUGCACGACCAACAAUUGGAGCUAAUAUAAAUUUAGGAUCUUUUUACCUUGUUGGUAUGCCAGUUGCAAUCUUUCUAGGAUUUGUGGCUAAAUUGGGAUUUCCAGGGUUGUGGAUUGGGUUACUUGCAGCUCAAGGCUCAUGUGCUAUGCUUAUGUUGGUUGUUCUUUGUAGAACUGAUUGGAAUUUGCAAGUUCAAAGAGCUAAAGAACUCACAAAAAGUUCAACUACAAGUGAUGAUGUUGAUGCUAAAUUACCUAUAUUUAUGGAAGGUAAUGUGAACAAGAAUAAUGUUCAUGGUUGUCUUGAAGAAAUUGUUAUCACUCAUGAUGUGUUUACCAAGAAAUCUUCACUUGAAACAGAUCCACUGAUCAUAACAUCUACUACUACCAAUUGCAUUGAAGAUUAGUUGACUAGUUUUUUUCUUUCUUUCUUUUGUAAUCAUUUUUUACCUUCAUUUUAAUGGAGUGUAUUGUAGGACAAUA